CCUUUGUCUCAAAGCAGCUUUACAGAAGCAUGAAAACAGAAGAGAGAGAAAAAGAAAUACAUAUAUAAGAAGAAGAAGAAGAAGAAGAAGAAGAUAUGGAUAAAAAUAAAUAAAUGAAUAUAUACAGUUAAAGUUUAAAAAGUUUUAAAAAGAUUAACUUAAAAUAUAAAAUACUAUAUAUCCAUCCCUACCACUAAUGAGCAAGCCGGAGGCGACAGUAAUGAGGAAAAACUCCCUGAGAUGAUAUGAGGAAGAAACCUUGAGAGGAACCAGACUCAGAAGUGAACCUCAUCCUCAUUUGGGUGACACUCUACAGUAAAUAGUGUAAAUGUAAAUAAUGUCCUUUCUACAACAGUUUAUAAUAGUACAGCCGAGAGCUCCUGAGGAACUAAUGGGUCAUCAUAAACUCUGAGUUCAGCACAGACCUGAUUGCUGAUAAACACCAGAACAUACAGCUGACUGACACAACAUUGUUUUAAAGAAGACAUGACGUCUCUGGGUGGCUUCAUACACAACAAUCCCAUGAGACACUGGCUGACCAUGUGGAUCAAUCCUUGUAAAGGUGACCACCGGGAGACAAGAGUCCAACCAGGGGUAGAACAUCAGGAUUGAUGAAAUCGCUCCAUAAGAAGACGAUCAGACUUUGAUCAUCUGCUUCUGCACAUUGAGCUCCAUGCCUCAAUGUCACCAUGUCAGCUUGUCAUCAUGUCACCAUGUCAUCAGUGCCUCAGUUCCUGUUUCAGUGCAACCGAAUUACAGAAGAGGAAAUGCACAGGAAUUAAAAACCUUUUAUUAUCAUUAUAGCAGGUUUAUUCCACAUGUGCACAAGUGGUCAUUAAGAAGUGUGUGUGUGUGAUACAGAGAGAGAGAGAAGAGAUGGCAGAGCAGCAGACUUUCAUGCUCAUGGGCUUGGUGGAGGUUGAUGUGUCCUUCCUCAAAUCCAGACGAGGUUUACUGAAACUCUCAGAACUGGUGGUGAUGUUUGCGGCGUCUGUGUGUUUCAUGGUGGCUUGGCGGCCGCCCUACAUCUCAGCCACUUGUAUGGAGUUUUUCAUCACACUCGCUCUGUUCAUCCUCUACCUGCUGAAGCUCCACAAAUCACUCAGCUUCUUCUUCUGGCCUCUGAUAGACAUCUUUAACUCUGUCUUUGCGGCGCUCUUCCUUUGUGUUAUCAGCCUGAUGGCCGUGUCCACAUUCACUAACAAGGGCACCUUAGUGGGAGGAAUCAUGGGUUUGGUCGCAGUUGUGUUGUGGUGUGUUGAUGGUUAUUACAUCUUCACGAAAAUCACCUUCAACAGGAGGACGGGUUCAGCACCUCAAUAACACUGUGCAUUAACACUGUUACACAAAUGUUACAUGUCUGUUCAAUACACAAAUUGUACACAUGCACACGUGUAGAAAGUAAACACACUCAAUUCAGAUUAUGUGUGUGUUAUAGACUGUUAAAAAAUUACUUGG